GACGCGCGGAUAGGCGUGAAAUGCGUGCGAGUGUUUGAGCUAGCGGCCAGAGGAAAGAGCAGCGGCGCCGCGGCCUCUCUUAUUUACCGAGUGAGUGUUGACUCGAGGCGGACGCAGGGUCGGGGAGGGAACCUCUCGUCGGCAUCAUAUUUAUAAAAUGCGCUAAUUAGCACUCGCCAUGCACACACGCAAGAUGCACAGGCAGAACGCGGCACUGGGCCUGCUCGCGGUCCUCCUCCUGCUCGGCAUCAUCCACGCCGCCCCCGCCUGCAAGACGGCCUCCAGGGCCCGCUACAGGCCGGCGAUUGUGCCGACAACCCUGCCGCCGACCACCACGCAACCGACAACCACGCCAUUGCCACAAGUAACCGAUAAAAACCCUCAGCAUGGUCUUGCGAUUACCAGCAUCAUAAUUGCGCCGAACAAAACGUGUCCGCCAGGCGAGGAACGCGACCACAAAGGGAAGUGCAGGAAAAAAGUUACGUGAGCAAGAGCGCACGUGGUCACGCAAGACGUAGAGUUGUAAAUGAAAGAAAAUCGCGUUCACCGCGUCUUUCGCUUGGUGUCAAAAGUUGCGUGCCCUCGAUUUACGAUUGGACUAAAGUUUGGCCAUAACUUCGCGGCUGUAAAAAUGUCGCACGUAAUCUGGGAGUGCCUGCCUAAUGAUUUUUCGGGCCUGAAUGCUCUGCGAGUGUAAUCUAUUUUGUAAGUAAAUCAAAUAAAUCGACGCGAUAAAAAAAUUGGGAAUGAUUUUUCUUUUUGGAAAUUCAGCUGGAAGUUGAAAAUAAUUUGUAAACUUCUAUUAAAGAUUUGGGUUGAGAUUGCUCAAACUAAUAGACCCCACUAAUUAGAACCAGGCUAUUGAUUAAAUUUCAAAUUUUAUUAUUUUUUCUUAAUUUAUGAAAAUCAACAGUGCCCUUACAAGGGAACCCCGAGUCCCCUUAAAACACAUUUCUUUAUUCAAACGUGUAAACUUUUGUGAUGUUAACAUGAACCAUCUGCCAACAUUUGAAUUAAUUUCAAGUUACGCGGACUCGAUAAUUUUUAUUGGUUAAAAUUUAAAAUCUAAUUUUUGUUAAAUCACGAUGAUUUUUGGUAUAUUGAUUCUUAUUGACGAGAAAAAUCGAUUGAUGGGGGGUCAUUUUUGGCUUUUUGAAUUGCCACUGAAUUUUUAAACUGAUGACUUAAUUCAUUUAGUGAAAAAAUUGCAUUUUUUUUAUUUUACCGCAACAUUGCUUAGCACGCAGGAGGAUCAGUGUGUAUAUUAAGACUUGGUAAAUAAUUUGACGAAACCAGCAGGAAGGAAGUGGUUUGGUAAACACACCGUCUUCAAGAGAAAAUAAAGUCCUCUAAGCAGCUGCUCAGCAGGCUCCGUUGCACUUUUAAGAAAAUUCUGGUGCUUUUCAGUUCAAAUAUUUGCUGUCGAGGCCAAACACUGCGAAUUAUGUGGCUCUCGCUGGCACUUUUCUGCUGCGCUCUAUUGCUGCCGCCUCCAGCCUUGGCGGGCUGCGUCCCCAAGCGGAUGGGCUUCAUGUCUGAAACGACGUCAAAGGCGCCCUGCCCCCCGGGCUUCUACCCCGACCCCGAGGGCAAAGGGUGCAGACUGCUGCUGCUCAAGAACACCACCCCUAAGACACAGCAAGCGCCGUCGCCGAAGCCCGAGUUGGAAGACCACAUCAUCAACGUGCCCACCAAGUGUCCGGACGGACACCAGCUGGACUACAGGGGCAAGUGCCGACCCAAGGUGUCGGGCUGAUGCUCUCCAGGCUGGGACGUGCGAGUUUGUUAAUCUGAUUACCUUGAGUGCAGAAAUCGAUAAUAUUGAUUGUGGGUUUAGUGCGUUAAUUUCAUUAACUGUCCACCGCAUUUCUUUCAGUUUCGGGCAACGUGAUUGUUUGACAGCUUCCGUUCGUGGUGAGAAUUUUAUCACCGGCGUAAAUUUGGAUAAUUCCAAUUCGUCUUGGUAGCGGAAAAUUUGCGCAAUGCUCAACAACCAAACGCGAAUUUUCUUGAUGCAAGAAGAGGGCAAAUAUAAAUUCGACAGCGAAAAUUUAGAUGUUUGUUGAGCGAUGCGCAAUUUUACCGCCACCAGAACACAUUGAGUUUGUGAAAAUAAAUAAAUCGCAUAUAGAAAUUAUAAAAAUGUGUCCAUUUUAAAAACAACAAAUUACCAUACGUCAUGUUCGAUAACCACAAAAAUAAACACCAAACAAAUCUAAUUCAUCAAAUUGGCUCCAAUAUUUUUUAAUCGUGGAUAGAUUUGUGACUUUUAAAUUGUCUGAUUCACUUAGGCACCAAAUGAGAACGAAUCACGAAAUUUUAAGACAUCUGA